AUGUCAAUUCCCACGACAUUGGAAACGGAAGAGUCUUCAUCAUCUAGCCGUUUACUCAAUUCAGCGCAAACCGCCGCAAGCAAACCUGAAAUGGCCGAGUCUCCUCUCGUAAAGGCGUGUAGCCACUUGCUCAAGACAAACGGAAGCAUCAUCGGAGAUGAAGUAGCGGAAGCGAUAUUACCACUGUUUCCAGACUUGAUUUCUGCACUGCCAUGUCAUCAAGAGGUAUUUGCUCAAAGACAAGCGUUGCUGGGCAUUGAUUCUUCCAAGAGAACUUUGCACCACAAGAGAAUACGCGAAUUCAUUGCGGACGAAUUGGGUCCUCAAUUGCACCAAAUGGGACUGGGAAAAGGCGAUCGGAUAGCUUUGGUGUUGCCAAAUGGACCUGAACUAGCUCUUGCUAUUUUAGGAGUAGCACAGUGGGCCUCCUGUUUGCCAUUGAAUGCGAACGGUGCUGUUUCGGAACUGAAGAAGGAUUUGACAUUGGCAAAUGCGUCUGUCGUUGUGGGAAUGGCGGGUGAGACUUCCAUUCAGGAACUAGCAGCCUCUCUAAACAUUCCAUUUUGUGGUCUCCAGCCCAGCACUACGGAAACGGCCAUAUUUCAACUGAUUCCAUCGUCUUCCUCUCUCAAGAAAACAACAACACAAUCGAAUAUAGCGAGCACUACUAGUCGAUUUGCUCCCAAUAGCCAUGACGAUGAAGUUCUGGUCUUGUUCACAUCGGGAACCACUGGAAACAAAAAAUUAGUCCCACACAAACUUGGGGACAUGCUCAUUGCCGCUGGAUGCAUUGCCGUCAGUUGGAAUCUGACACCUACGGAUGUCAACUGCAAUCUCAUGCCACUCUUUCAUGUGGGAGGAAUUGUCCGACAAGUCUUUGCUCCCAUUCUCAGUGCCGGCUCUGUCAUUUGCUGUCCGUCCUUUGAUCCACAACUAUUUUGGCAACUGCUGCUCGGCAAUGACACUUUCUUUUCCUGGUAUUAUGCCGCACCCACCAUGCACCAAGUCUUGUUGGAAACCAUGCCAUCAGACGCAACACCAAAACUUCGAAUGAUUGCCAAUGCCGCUGGUGGACUUUUACCUUCUUUGGCACAACGAAUGCGGAAUACCUAUCGAGGGACAAACGUCUUGCCCAGUUAUGGUAUGACCGAAUGCAUGCCCAUAUCCUCACCUCCUCACAAUUACGAAUUGACCAAGCCUGGAACCUCUGGAGUUGCGGUGGGACCGGAAAUUUCUAUUUUCAAUGCCAACGAAGAACCCUUGGAACCAGGAAAAGAAGGAAGCAUUUGCGUUCGUGGAAGACCCUGUUUUCAUGGGUAUGGUGGACAAGCCAAGAGCAAAUCCUUUGCCAAGGGUGGAUGGUUCAAUACGGGUGAUUUAGGCUAUUUGGAUCAAGAUGGAUACCUUUAUAUUACUGGGCGAUCCAAAGAGGUCAUCAAUCGAGGAGGAGAAAUUAUUAGUCCCAUGGAGGUGGAAGAGGAAGUCGUGUCGCAUCCUUCGGUAGUGGCGUGUGCCGCGUUUUCGGCAACACAUGACGUCUUGCAAGAAGUGGUCGGUAUCGUCAUUGUGCCAAAACCAAAUGCACCAAAGAUUGAUCUUCCAACACUGCACGACUACCUGCAGACUCGAUUGGCCACUGCCAAAUGGCCACAUGCCAUGGUGUUCAUGGAUGCUCUCCCAAAAUCGCACACCAACAAACUAUUGCGAGUGAAACUUGGACAACGAUUAGGAUUGCCAGAAAUGAAUGAUAAAAUGCUACCUGUGCAGCGAACCUUUGAAGCCAAGUGUCCAAAGCAGGGUACUCCAGUGGGUACACCAAUUGCCUCAAAAGAAGUCACUGUUGACGCCCAACACGUGCAGAAUGCAUUGCAUCAAGCUUUGAGAAUCAACGAAAAGCAACUGGUUGUGAAGAAUCAUCCAAAUCGAUACGGUUCCUUGGUGGUUCACGCGACAAACAACGAUUUGACUAGCAAAGCAAUCAUUGAAGCAGGAAAAGCUUCAUUGGAUGCCUAUUUGCGUCCUUCUCAUGUAUGUAUCUACAAUGAUAGUGAUGAGGGAAAAGAAGGAUUGACUUCACUGCGAGCGCCACAGUCGGCGGAUGCUGUUGGAUUUAUAGAAAUGAUGGAGAAUGCUGGCGAUGCAAUUUCGGAUCCCAUGAUUGAAGAGCUACAAAAGAGUAUGCAAGGUCUUAUCAGCCUCGACUAUCUUCCGCCUCCCGACACUUCGUUUUUUCAAGUCGGUGGAACGUCAUUGCUAGCAUCCCAAAUGGCAAGUAGAAUACGGAAAGACUAUCAAAUCCCCUUCAGUGGUGCCGAUGUAUUCCGCUACAACAACUGUAUCGCCAUGGCCAAAAUGAUCAAAUCCAAACAAUCCCCUUCGGCUGCAUCAACGGAUUCUUCUUCGACUGCUCAGUAUUCAGUUCAUCUCGAUGCCAUUUCACUGGACUCGGAGAGAUUACAACCAGAAAACAGUAUCGCGACCCUGGUGUAUCAACUUUUGCCUGGCUGUAUUGUCUUUCCCCUUUGGUACUUUACAAGAUUCUUCUUGUUUUUCAUGACGCUAUUGGAGGUACUGAACCGAGUGCCUGGAUCCCGCAACAUGUCCAGGUUUAUUGGCAUCUUGGUGGGAUAUCACUUUUUGUGGAACGUUCUGAGUCCGUUGGUGUUUGUUUUGAUCAAAUGGACCCUCAUUGGGGAAUACAAGCCUGGAAAACACGCCUUUUGGAGUUCGUACUAUAUUCGAUGGUGGUUUGUGGAUACAUGUAGGAAAAUGUUUGGAAAAGGCUUUUGGGGGAGCAGUCAAUUUCUUCUAAUCAUUUUCUACAAACUGCUGGGAGCCAAGAUCGCUUGGGAUGCCCGGAUAUCCAUUGAAGCAGACAUUGCAGAGUAUGACCUUGUGACAAUUGGAAAAGAUGCAUCGAUUGAAUAUGCAACUGUUCGUGGGUUUGGAGUUGACAAUGGUGCAAUGCUACUGGGCACUGUCAAGGUUGGAAACUCUGCGAGUGUCGGUAUUCGAUCUAUUGUCGCUCCAAAUACGCAGGUUCCAGAUGGCGCUCAUGUUGCCCCCGGUACUUGUAGCUACGAAAUUGCAAAAGACAGUCUGAAGCAUUUAGCCUAUAAUCGCUACGCCCUCCCAGAACCAAACCUUCUCUGGCAGCUUUUGGUUGGCUCUCCAGUCACGUUCUUGGUUGACUCUUUCUCGCAUUUGCCGGCAAUGUUUGUUCUGUUCGAAAUGAUGAUCGCUCACUCAAGUCAGUGGGAAGAAGAGCAUUAUAGAUUUGAGACAAUUGGCGAUUUGUUAGAAUGGCUCUGUGAUCCCGAACGGAUACCAUACUACCUUGGUAUUCGAAUUGUCCGUGCCACUGUUGCUCCGUUCUUGUACAUGGUGGGUGCGCUCUUUGUCAAAUGGGCUAUCAUUGGAGAAUUUAAAGAAGGACCUAGAGACAGUACUUCUCAAUGGGAUCGGAUGCGUCAUUCACUGGUUUCGACUCUAUUCUCAAGAGAGAAUAUUCAGAAUGUAACCGACCUUCUAGGGCGCCACUAUGAGUUGACGAGUAUUUUCUACCGUCUUCUCGGAGCCAAGGUUGGCAAGCGCGUCUUUUGGCCGGGCCAUCAACCCGUAUUUGGGGGCGAAUUUGAUUUGCUCGAAAUUGGAGACGACGUUGUCUUUGGAUCUCGGUCUGUCGUUUACACAUCGACUACGCAUUCAUGCGAGAAGGUUGUAUUCUGCGCAGGUGCAAACAUCUCAGACAACACCAUUGUCCUACCAGGUUCCAUAAUCGGGAAAAACGCGGUUCUGGGGUCCAACACUACAUGCCCAGCUGGUCGGUAUCUUCCGCCAGAAACCACGUGGGUUGGCUCACGAGCAGGAGAACCAAUUCUAUUGGAUACGACUGGGGAUGAUGGCAAUGAUGGCGUCCUAUACUCUGCGAAUGUGAAACAAAGUGAUUUGGAGAUGAUUGGUGACGAAACCACAUUGCGACCCUUCGGCCGCGCCGUAUACGGUGGCAAAGCAAAUUAUUUGAUUUUACCGGGAUGGUCAAUGGCUCUUAUUAGCAUUGCUUAUGAGGCCUUGACAACUUGCUUCCAUGCUUUACCACUGUUGGGAGCUACAUUUUUGACAGCUGGUAUUGUCUACGGGUGGCCAGUUGAGGACAGAGAUUACGACGAAUAUCUUCAUACCUUGAUCGUGUCUCAUAUCAUUUUUUCAAUCUUCACAGCUCUCCACAUUGCUCGAAUUGUGGUGGGUCUUAUGAUUGAGAUUGGGGCAAAGUGGUUAUUGCUGGGUCGACGGAUAGAAGGGCGCUACAAUUGGGACGAGUGUGGUUACAACCAAAACUGGGAAUUGUACCAACUACUCGGCCGGGUUCGCAAGCUGCAUCGUAUUUCGACUCUGGACUUUCUUGCUGGUACACCUCUUAUGGUGCAGUACUUCAGAGCUCUUGGCAGCUCCAUAGGUAAGGGCUGCUGCCUAUAUCCUGCUGGUGCUGAUCCGUACAUGCCCGAGCCAGACUUGGUUACAAUUGGUGACAAUGUCUGCAUUGACAUGGCAUCAGUUGUAUGUCACUUGAAUACCCGCGGCAAUUUUGAACUGGUCCCAAUUGUACUACAAUCGAAUACUACUUUGCGAUCUAGGUCACGUGCGCAGCAAGGAGUUGUGGUCGAAGAGGGUGCUAUGCUCUUGGAGAAAAGUCUUGUCUUAACAGGCGAAGUUGUUGAGAGCGAGAGCAUCUGGCAAGGUGCCCCUGCUUCCCAAAUACUUCUUCCAAAAUCUCACCCGAGAAAGUCAAUAGAGAAAAGCAAAAAGAGAGAGGAUGGUUGGGUUUUGACGAACCGACGUCUUUUCGAGAUUGUGUUUCUGAGCUUGGCACUAACCGCUGGGGUGACGCUACUGCCAACACCCACAAAUCAGUAUCUUUCAGGGAACUUCCUGAAUUGGCAACAGCACCCGCGUGGAAACCAAGCGAAGUGGUAUAGAGCAGUGAAACAAGAAGUGAAAACAAAUAAACCCAAGAAGAAAAAGAAAAAGCGAAAACGAAGCAAGAAAAAGUCGCAAGCAGGCGGUGAUGGGCUUUAG